UUUAUGUUUAUAUAAUCAAGGCUUAAACUGAUCCCGGAAUAUGAUAUUGGGUCAAGCUGGAGUAGCAUCCCGUUCAUAAAUUUAAGAGAACGUUAAAUUCAGCUUGUAAAAAAAAAUCGAGCAUCCCAGGUUCCUGUUAUUUUUUUAUUUAUUUACGAAUGCUGUAAAUUUGAAAAAUAUUCAAUCGACCUUCAAUCGAAUUGUAUUUUGGACUAUUGUAUCAAAAUAAAAUCAAAUUCUAUAGAGUCUACCGCGUGUACCGCGUUGAUCAAGGGUUUAUCUGGAGACGGCAAUUGAAGAUUGGGCUGGAAAAAUGAAUAAAUUUUUAUAUUUUCAGAGACUCUUUAUUCUUGCAUCAGCUGUAGCAAUAUUGGCAGCACAAGAAGCCAGCCCAGCUGAGCCAGCUCAAAUAAUCACUGAAAGGACAAUUGUUAGACAAAAUGGCUAUGACUUUGAGUUUCAGACAAGUGACGGUGUGUCACGUAAAGAGGAAGCAGAGCUAAUUACUGUGGGAGAACACCAGGGCAUCGGAAUAAAGGGCUCCUACUCGUAUGUGGCUCCCGACGGGCAACAAUACAUCGUCUCUUACACUGCUGAUGAUAAGGGCUUCAAGCCACAAAUUCGCAUUGUUCCCUCAAGUGGUCAAUAAAUAUAUUAUAUAAUA